AUGAGGCUGGUUCUGUCCUUUCUAAUUUGCAUCACAGCAAUCAUCUUUGCAUAUCGCCCCUCUAUCCUAGCAUUCUUACAAGAUCAGGUUCCUGAAAGUUUGUCGCAUCUCUUUGCGAGCACUACCAGCAACACCGAACCUUCGCCAGCUUCUCUUCCUGGCUUUCCUUCCUCUCCCGUCCUCAUUCCUGUAACCAAAAUGACUUCUGCUCGUGGGAUCCGUCUGGUUUUCCAUGCAAUUGAGCAAGCAGAGGGUGCAGGUGCCCGGGUUCGUCGCUCCAUUGGCACAGCCAAGUUGCGCAAUUUCAGCCCAUUCCUUAUGCUUGACCACUUCACCAUUGGCAAAGGCGCCGGUUUCCCAGACCACCCCCACCGCGGCCAAGAAACUAUCACCUACCUACUUUCUGGCGGUGUUGACCAUGAAGAUUUCGCUGGUAACACCGGUACUAUUGGGCCUGGUGAUCUCCAGUUCAUGACCGCUGGCCGCGGCAUUAUGCACGCAGAAAUGCCUCGCGAGAACCCCGAUGGCAGCCCUAACGUCGGUAUGCAGCUUUGGGUCGAUCUACCCGAAAAGUUAAAGAUGUGCGAACCUCGUUACCGCGAUCUUCGUGCUAGUGAGAUUCCCGUCGCUAAGACUGACGAUGGCCGCGUCACUAUAAAGGUCAUUUCCGGCCAGUCACACGGUAUCGAUUCAGUUCGCGAUCUGGCUUACACGCCCGUCUGGAUCUUGGACGUCCAUAUUAGCCCUGGAGGUCGUAUUACUCAGUCUUUACCACUGGGCUGGAAUGCAUUUGCUUACACUUUGGCUGGUACCACGGUCUUUGGCUCAAAUGACUCUACCCAGUUGGUGAAGGAAUUCCACAACGUCGUCUUUGAACAAAACGGCGAAUAUAUGGAAGCAUCUGUCCCUGAUAAUGCAGAGUCUGAGGGCCGCUUCCUUCUUGUUGCUGGUCAGCCGCUGGACCAAAAAGUUGUUCAGUAUGGUCCGUUCGUGCUGACCAGUCAAGAGGAAGUCUAUCAGGCCAUGAUGGACUAUCAGACAGCCUCAAAUGGAUUUGAAAGGGUCCGAGGUUGGCAGAGUGAGAUUGGCAAGCGCAUGGGGAACUAA